GCUGAAGACUGAGAAUAUAAUGAAGACAGAAAUAAAGAGAAACUCUCUCAAAGUGAAGUUUGCAAAGUAAGCGGGAAUUGUUUCACACACAAGCUGCAAUGGAAGAGAUUCCAGUUAAAGUAGCAGUAAGAAUAAGACCUCUACUUUCAAAAGAAGUGCUUCACAACCAUCAAGUAUGUGUGAGGUUAAUCCCAAAUACUCAGCAGAUUAUUAUCGGAAAGGACCGUGUUUUCACUUUUGAUUUUGUUUUUGGAAAACAUUCAACCCAAGAUGAAGUGUACACAACAUGUAUUAAGCCAUUGGUGGCAUCUUUGAUAGAAGGGUAUAAUGCUACCGUUUUUGCCUAUGGACAGACAGGCUCUGGAAAGACUUACACUAUUGGAGGAGGUCAUGUUGCAUCAGUUGCAGAAGAAGAGAGAGGUAUCAUUCCACGUGCAAUUGAGGAAAUAUUUCAGAUUAUUUCAGAAAACCAUAAUAUUGAUUUCACUGUGAAAGUUUCUUACAUCGAGGUCUACAAAGAGGAACUCAGAGAUCUUUUGGAACUAGAAACCUCUAUGAAAUAUCUACAAAUUAGAGAAGACGAAAAGGGCAAUACAGUAAUUGUUGGUGCCAAAGACUGCCAGGUUGAAAAUGUGGAUGAAGUAAUGAGCUUGUUAGAAACCGGAAAUGCCGCUCGACAUACAGGCACAACCCAAAUGAAUGAGCAUUCUAGCCGAUCUCAUGCGGUUUUUACAAUCAGUAUUUGUCAACAACAGCAACCUGGUCAGACUCAGAAGGACACAGAUUCUGUGCAAGAUUCACCUCAAAGUUCAAGCCAGCUGAUUGCUUCCAAGUUCCACUUUGUUGAUCUUGCCGGCUCUGAAAGAGUAACAAAAACUGGGAACACUGGUGAAAGGUUCAAAGAAUCAAUUCAGAUCAACAGUGGCUUAUUGGCUCUGGGAAAUGUGAUAAGUGCGCUUGGGGACCCAAAGAGAAAAAGUGCUCAUAUUCCAUACAGGGAUGCAAAAAUUACACGUAUUCUUAAGGACUCCUUAGGAGGCAAUGCCAAGACUGUCAUGAUAACUUGUAUUAGCCCAUCAUCUUCGGAUUUUGAUGAAUCACUCAAUUCCAUCAAAUAUGCCAACAGAGCCAAAAAUAUUAGAAACAAACCUAUUGUCAACUACAACCCAGACUGGGACCUUAUUGACGAAAUGGAGUUUGCCAUCAAGAUACUCCGUGAAACUGUGCAAAACCAGCAGAUCCCUGGUAGUCAAGGGUCACAGGAUUCAUUUCGGGACAGAAACAAAAUCCGCUCUCUUGAAGAGCAACUUGCCCAGCUUCAGGUGGAAAGUUUUAACUACCGAAAUUGCAUGGAAGAAGCCUAUGUGUUCCUUGCCGAAUUAAAAAAUCUUGCCAGCCUAUCAAAAAGUCAACAGGAAAGAUUGCAAGAUUGGAUAUGUGUGGCUCAGGAACUCAGGAGAGAGGCUUCUUCAGUCAUUCCCCAGGUAAACUGUGGAAGUGGAGGUAACCAAGAAGGACCACAUCACAUCACAAUUCUUCAGCUGAAGAGAGAGCUGAAGAAGUAUCAGCAGGCUCUUGCUAUGAUGCAGAAGUGUUUAGUGCAGAGAGAGCUUGAAGAUAAAAGUAUUAAGAUCAAAUACAGAAGGCUGAAAAGGAGAAUCAAGCAAUAUAUGGAAUUGCUGAAGGAGGCCCAAGAGACAAAUAGGCUACAGAAUGAUAAAAUGGUGGAGCAGCAGCUUAUAAUUGACCGGCUAAAUGACAAGUUAGAGAAAAUUACAAAAGCCUCUGCCUCCAGUGGUGGUUGUGGAGAUGGACCAGCUGGUGUAAUAUCUUCAAAAAGACCAUACAGUGUUCCUCUAACUAAACGUUUGGUGCAAUCCUUUAAUGCUACCGUGGGGCUGGAUUCUCGAAAGGUACACACAAGCCCGCCAACAUAUUCGCUCAACAGAGUAAUGGCUGGAUUUCGAACCCGUAGCCAAAUAGUGUUGGAUCAUGUAGAAGAACAAGAUGAAGUUCUUCAUUGCUGCUUUUCUGAUCACAGUGAUGAAGAUGAAAGAAAUGCCAAGAACAGAAAGAGAACCCUAUUUAGACGCUCCUUAAAUCGUACAUGGACACGAAAACAAGCUCCUCCCAGCUCUACACAUGAACCAAAAGAGAUGCAGCACAAUAAUUCCAUUUCACAAAAUGAAAACAUUUUACAAAUGGAAACUGAUACAGGUGCUGAUAUUGAAUGUAUUCAGAAAAGUCAAAUACUGAAUAGGCAGAAAUUGAAGAACUCAGAACUAAAGCUUAUUGCUGCUAAGCAAAAAAUGAGUGAACUGGCCCUUAAUAUCAGAAUGAAGGAAGAACUUAUUAAAGAGCUGGUGAAAACAGGUAAUGAUGCCCAAUCUGUAAGUAAGCAGUAUUCACUGAAAGUAACACAACUUGAGCAUGAAGCAGAGCAGGCCAAAAUGGAUUUAGCCGAAACACAAAAGCAACUGCAGGAGCUGGAGAACAAGGAACUACGAGACAUUGCUGAAAAAGCCAGGUUACAAAAAGAAUUUAGAAAGAAAAUGGAUACAGCAAAGCUAAAAGUACAGGACUUGCAAAGAAAACAGCAGGACUCUAAGAAACUGGCAUCGCUGUCCACCCAGAAUGAGAAACGUGUAACUGAACUGGAGCAGAAUGUCAGUCACAUGAAAAAUCAGCAAGCCCAGCUUCAGAAAAGAUUGCAAGAGGAGAGUGAAAAAAAGAAAAGCUUGGAGGCAGAAAUUCAGCAGGGCCAGCUGCAGAUAAAGGAGCUCCAACAAAAGACAGAGCAGCAGGAAAAGAUUCUGAAACUAAAAGAUGAAGAAAUUGCUGCAUUUAAGAGAAAAAACUCAUCUGAAAGCACUCAGCAACUGCAGAAAUUAGAAGAGAAGAAGAAAUGGCUGGAUGAAGAGCUAGAGAAAGUUUUGCAUCAGCGGCAAGAGUUAAAAAAUUUGGAGGAAGAUUUAAAGAGAAGAGAAGCUAUCAUUUCCAAGAAAGAAGUGCUGACACAAGAGAAGAGCCAUUUGGAAAUUAAAAAACUGAGAUCCAGCCAGGCCCUCAAUAAAGACAGCUUAAGAUUAUCGACUCGUCUGAGUAUGCUGAAUCAGGAGCUGUGUGACAAAAAUAUGCAGCUGCAGAGCAGCAGCACUGAUGAGCAAGAAAGGAUUAUGGGAGAGAUCCAGGCUCUACAAAAGGAAAGGGAUCAGCUGUUGAACAGAAGGAAUAGUGUGGAUGAGAAACUGAAGAAUGGCCGGGUGUUGUCACCAGAAGAGGAACAUGUUUUAUUUCAGCUUGAAGAAGGGAUUGAAACCUUAGAAGCUGCCAUCGCUUACAAGAAUGAAAGUAUCCAGAAUCAUCAGGACUCCAUCAGAGCCUCCUCUCAAAUCCUCACACAGAGUGAGGCCAAUGUGAUGGGAAAGUUGGUUUCCUUGUCUGCUACAGAGCUGAGAGCAAUUCUUUUAAAGUAUUUUAAUAAGGUUGUCGGUCUCCGUGAGACUGAACGCAAAUUGCAACUGCAGGCAGAAGAAAUGGGAAUGAGGGUAACGGAAAAAGAGAACAUAGUAAGAGAACUUGAAUCGGCGCUUGAGCACCUCAUGCUUCAGUGUGACAGGCGUCUGACCCUCCAACAGAAAGAACAUGAGCAAAAGAUGCAGUUAAUAUUGCUUCAUUGCAAAGAAGAAGAUGGGGAGAGUAUUGCAGAAACUUUUAAGACAUAUGAAACUAAAGUCCAACAACUGGAAAGAGACUUGUUCUUCUAUAAGAAAACUAGCCGUGAAUUAAAGAAGAAAUUAAAGGAACUGGUUGCAGAAUCAAUACACCAUCCUCUGACACAAAGUAAUUGUUCCAGUGAUGGGAUACUGAAUCGAGAAGAAGUAAUUACCUUGUCAGAAGAAUUCAAACGGACAUCCACACCAACAGGAAAAUUAAAAGAAAUAAACUCCCCAAGGGGUGAUUUAGGAGCACAACAGAAUUCAUACAGAUUUGAAGAGGAAGCUGCAGAACUGGGACCUAACACAUCCAGCAGUCACGAAGAGCAAGCAGGAAAAGUACACCAGCCUGCAAAAUCUCACCCACAAGUGUGUUGUCCUUCUCAGGCCAGAGAGACUAUGACACAGCUUCAAGGAGUAACCCCAGUAAAACUUCCUCGCAAAGAAUUGCGCUAUAUCCCUGCUUCUGAGCUUUCCUCAAGGCGUUCUGGCCUUGCAGUUGGUAUAAAUUCUGUUCCUGCUGAUUCUAUUGAAAUGCCUAGAAAGUCUGACUAUAAUAUAUAAUUAUCCUUGUAAUAUUUUGAAAGCAAUUACACAGUUCCCUUUAUUUCCAGUUUAUUUCAGGCAGCUACGAUAUUUGAGUUAUUUCACAUUGCGUGUCUCACACUGCUGAUCAUUUAUUGUGCCCCAUAGAAAUCUGACGCCUUAAUAGCAGAGUGAUUAUAUCAGGGGUUGAAACCAAAGGACUUUUUGUCCUUAAAGAAUAAAUUUUAUUUGUACUGAUUUUUCCUUCAGAGUAACUGAUGGAUUUUUAUUCCACAUCUUCAUAAAUGCAUUCUUCUAUACUGCAAAGAAUCUUCGGGCUGGUUCACAAAAUACCUUUUUAGCUGCAUGAGUUAUCAUGAUCAUUCUUGAGUGCAUAUUUAUGAAGACAAACAAUGUAUAAAAGCAACCACAGUUACAGUCUUAUUGUAUAGCUGUGGGGGGCGGAAAUCACAUUAGGUUAAAUGCUGCUGACUGUAUGAUUGGUUAUUUUUACACAUUAUUUGUCCAUAUGAACAUGGUGGUGCUGACAGCCUGGAGCACUCACAUGGAAAAAAGAAAUCUGGUGUGAACCAGCCCAUUGUAGUAAAGGUCUUCAUAGCUACAUCAGCAAUACUUGGUUUCCAGUCGAGGCAUACUUAUGCUGAAGUUUGACAAAGCACUUGUGACUGACCAAAGCCUUGGGUUGUGAAUGUCCUUUAAAAACAAAACACGAGUACAGUGUUUCUAAGAAAUUAAUGUUUUCGCAAGGAAAUUUAUUUUGCCCAACUCAUAUUUUAAAUGAAUAUGCCCUCAAGCCCUAAUUUCUCUUUCUUAUAACUAACUCUGUUGUUAUGUGACUUUGAAACUUUCUGUAGGGAGAAAGUUUUUCCCCCCUAAUAGAAAAGAAACAUUUUUAUUGGCUCCAGGGAAAUUACUCUCUGCUGUUAGAGCUUGCCAGAGCUAUGUCACCUAUCACUGAGAUUAGAUGUAGAUGUGCUGUCAGUGAACUAGGGCAAUAAAAAGUUACCCUGCUUGGAAGGCACAGCUGUGUAUCUCUUAGCGUGAAGUACAUGAUAAGUUAGAAAACUGCUUUGUCUACUCGACUUGGUGUAGACAUAACACUUACUGUGGAUAAAGGGACCAGGAGCAGACUUGCAUCAUAUAUACUCACUCUUCCUAUGAUAAUUCCCUUGACCCCCGUUUCUCAGUACAUAAGGUCAUUGUUAGUUCUAGAUAAAAUGACUCCAGGGGCACUUCUAAAUUUUUGUUUUUCUCAUUGGUUCCCAAGUUGUUUAUUAUCUGUGCACAGGACGUGUUUUGUGCACGGAAGGUAUUCCAAUCCAGCAGAUUCUCCAGCUGGCCGAAGAUGGGUGACUUCUCCCAUAUUGUCCCCCGGCCUCCUGCAGUAAAUUUGAAAGACACAGAAUGGUCAACUAGCAAAAACUGCCUCCACCCCCCUUUCCAUUGGCUGGAGCAUGCCAAGUGGUAGUCCUUUCAUGGGUCCUCUAAAAUCUAAGCCAAUGUGUGCCUAGUUUCUUAAAAAAUAA